UCGUUAGUGCAUUAAGGAAGGAAAAAAAACAUACACAGCUGUCCACAAUCUGCACAAGAGGAAUAUAUCAAAACUCUUUUAAGGGCACAGCUGCAAACACAGGAGGAAAAGCCUUCGUGUUGAUCCGUCAAACAAAGCACCGCAUUUAUUCCGCACUGACUGCUACAAUGGUGUGACAACUGUGAACGCCCCUUUGCCAGACUCCGUCACUGAAGUGAAUACAGUCUCUGGAAAACAUGGAGGAAUUUUCUCACUCUUACAUAUCGGAAUAUGGAGACAUUGAGGAUAUAGAGGAGGAGGAGGAAGAAGAGGAGACUAAUACAGAGCCGGACACGACUAAGUCAGUUUCCCCAGAUCUUCACGACAAGGAUACAGAGAAUCACUGGGACUGGUUUCCUUGCCAGCACUGUGAGAGACGUUUUACCAGCAAACAAGGCUUGGAACGACACUUGCACAUCCACACUUUGGCAAACAACAAGGCACAUUCAUACAAAAGCAAUAAGAGCAGCAUCUCCUCUGGUUCAAGUGCAGGUCAGACGCAGCGCGAGAAGAAAAGGCCCGUAGAUUCUACAGACGUAGACAGGCUGCCUGAUAGUUCGUCCCCUCUUGGCGUCGAUACCUCUGGAGAAGACGCUGCUCAGCCAGAUACAUCGGGAACAGCGGAGGGGCAUCAUGCUUGCAAAUACUGCGAGAAAAUAUUUAGUACGUACACCAACAAACGGCGUCACGAGCGUCGGGUUCAUGAGCAGCACCUGCACACAGAGGAAAACCAGCUACCCCAGGAGGAAAACCCCCAGAUAACAUUUAGCGCGGCAUCUCAACAGGAAAUGCAGCUAGGCGGUGGUUCAACACCUGCAGCCGUUCUGGAAAAGGAAGGAGAGCAAGCAGAACAAUACAUGUUAGACGUCUCCAGUAAUAUUUCAGAAAAUCUCAGCUUUUACAUCGACGGAAAAAUCGUCUCGACAAGUACAGUCAGUAGCUGUGAAACGGCCGAGGUUCAUUCGGGGUCGUCUACUUUAGUCGGCCUGGAUGCCCUGAUUCUGGACCCCGCCCAGAUCAGCCAGGUUUUAAAUACAGAUUCAGCUGUGAGCAAAGACAUUUCUGGCCAAGCGUCGGCCAAGAGAAGAACUGCAACGCCACCUCUUUUACCGCAAAUUAAAACUGAACUGGAGUCUGAGGUGGUUGUAUCCUCCACUUCUUCAUCUUCACUCGUGUCGUCUUUAAUCGAGAACCUGCUUCCUCAGAACACAGAAUCCACAGUCGUGCAGAAAGAGAGGACGGUGUUUUUAUCGCCAAAGCUGAAGCAGCUCCUGGAGAAGCAGGACGGCCUUAAACCAGCACUCGCCCUCAUCACGGACGGCCAGAAGUCCUGUUCGCCCGUCACCUUGUCUGUCUUACCUGCUGCAACCGGAAGGUUCAAAAGGAGAACAGGUUCCCCACAACAAAAUGUCACAAAUAAUGAAGAAACACAAGCACCCGAUACAGGAGAGUGUGACUUAAGUACGGGACAAGCUCAGACCAUACAAAACUCACCCGUUCACCAAAUAACCAGUGACAAAGAAGAAACACCUCCAUCUGUCGAGGAACCAGCAGUGAAUCAGGUCUUGACUGAAAGCUGGCCCACGAUGGCCGGCGGCAACUCCUGUAAUCAGCAACCACUGGAUCUUUCCAACACCGUCAAACGAAACGAAGACGGAGCUUUAGCUGAUGCUGCGCUGGAUUUGAGUUUGCAAAAAAGAAGCCCGGAGGACUCUGACCCGACAUCAAAAGUAGUUUCGCAAACACUUUUGAAAGGAGCAUCGGACACUUGCGUGACAGAGAAGUCCUUAAUGGAUGAAUACAAGCAUCUUAACAUCAGUGAACCAAACACAAGUUUAGGGAAUCUCGCAGCUCCUUUAGUCACAGACUUUAUAGUCACGAGUUCGGACAUUAUGACCCCGGUGGAGCCUGUUGCAGAGGGGCUAGUUUAUGGACUUGCACUUCCUUCCGCUGCUCUGACUCCAUCCUCCACCUCUCUUACCCCAGUUGCCUUGCAGCCAGCUUCACCCUGCACUAUUGCAUUCGCCUCCCCAGCUGCACACACCAUGCUCCCCGCUGCUCCGUCAUUAAUCACCGUUUUGGCUCCACCACCUAUUCCUAACCCUUCAAACCAGCCAAUCCAGGUAUUAGCCCCAAACAUAUCUCCUGAGCCUUUGGUAAUUUGCACAGAAAAUGGAUUAAAUUCCUCAGAGUGUGAACUGACUACUGCAUUUACCGCCGCAAACCCCACAAACCUUGUCACGCUUUCACAACCCCUUGACCCGACUCUAAAUCUCCCUGGACACGUGUUUCUGACUGAUCCAAUCGCUAUCAACCCGCCUGUAGUUGAAUCUGCUCCGGUGUCCGAGGUGCCGUUCACACCCACAGUAACAUUAAAUGAUCCUCUUCUUAACUCCUACAACAUCACCAGCAACACAGUGUUAAUAGAAUGCACAAUAGCUCUUGAAGCCCCAGGAAGCAUCGUCCCUGCUGCUAUAACCUUACAAGAAAACGCUGCUGAGCCUCCAGCUCCAACACAGAUGGUUGUAAAUCACAUAGAGCAGCAACAGAUUGUAUCAGUACCAAACCCUCAAGCUGUGGAUCCCACGAUCCUCAUGUCGUCCAUUGCAGAAUCAGUAAUGCUGUCCGCCUCCUCCACCUCCGUCAUAUCUGAUUGUCCUGCAGUGAGUGAGUCGGGUCCCGGCCCAGAACCUGUUGUUACCGCAGAGCCGCCGGUGACAAAAGAGGUGGAAGCUGCUGACACUUCUUUUCCCAUAUCUGAGGUCCCGGCUGACGCCUCAGCCCCAUCUGAGAAAGCUAAAGAAGAAGAAUCUUCAAAUGACACGACGAGUGAAGCCCAACAGCAGAGUUUCACCAAAAAUUUCAUCUGCAAUGUGUGUGAUAAGCUUUUUCAUUCAAUGAAGGAGCUAGGCCAACAUGUGGGUGACCAUGCUGAUGAAUGGCCCUACAAAUGUGAAUUCUGCUUGUUGCUCUUUGGCAAGCCCUCCGCUUUGCUUGACCAUCGAUCAAACCUCCACGGUGUCGGCAAGACUUACGUUUGCAGCGCGUGUACAAAAGAAUUUGUCUACCUUUGCAAUCUGAAGCAGCACCAGGAAGAAUUACAUCCCGGGCAGCAGUGCACGCACACAGAGGAAGAAAAGGGCAAACUAAGACCUCAGAACUACAACAACCCAUCAAAAGACAACACGGAGCCCUUGGGGCCAAAUCCGCCAGAGGAAACAAAAGCUGUGGUGAAAAAGGAAGAAACUGAGGUCGAUGCAGCCGCCGAGGAGCUGUUUACAACAAUCAAAAUCAUGGCUUCAGACGGAGGAAAGCUCAAAGGGCCCGAUGUUCGCCUUGGCAUUAACCAACACUAUCCCAGUUUUAAGCCACCUCCGUUUCCUUACCAUAACAGGUCACCUGCCGGCACGGUGGCAUCAGCUACAAACUUCACAACCCACAACAUCCCGCAAACGUUUAGUACAGCCAUCCGCUGCACCAAGUGUGGAAAAAGCUUUGAUAACAUGCCAGAGCUGCACAAACACAUCCUGGCUUGCGCAAACGCGAGUGAUAAAAGACGGUACACACCCAAAAGGAAUCCGAUUCCUCUUCGCCACUUUGCAAAAUCUCAAAAUGGCGUGCUGUCAACUACUAAUUCCGCUAACGGACUUAACUCUCCAAACAGAGCCAGUCAGUCAAACCGGUCCAAACCCAACCACGAAACACCAGUAAAGAUGAAGUUCAAAGUGCUCAACAAAAGGAAGAAGAAGUUGGUUCAAAGGGCUUUGCCACAGAGGAACAAAUCAGUGCCUUCAUCGAAUAAAAUCCCUCCCACACAGAUGGACGAGCAGCAGGAGAUAUUUGUCUGUCCACACUGUAGCAGGGAGUUCACAAUGCGUCGCAGCAGAACCAAACACAUGGCCGUUUGCCCCAAGAAACCCAAGGAGGUGAAGAAAAGGAAAGAAGGAGCUAUAUCUGUGACAAAGGAGAAUGACGGCCAUCAGCACAGAGGUAUUUCACGCGCUGACGAAAAGCGUCAAACCUCACCUCACCACAACACCAGGCUCCAGACUUCAGGCCCCGCUAAGAGGCCCGCCAUCCUGCCCGUGCAAACCGUCUUUUCAAGCAAAAGAAGCAAAAUAAUCAUAAAAGAAAGCCGGCAGCCGAAACAGGACACCCCCGGUCUCAAUGAACUUCCUAUCGUUCGCACUUUCAACCCUGCAAUGCGUCAGUACAGCAGGGUGCACCACGGCAUUAAAGAAAUCCCCAUUAAAAUUACUCUGGUAAAACCCCAGCAGACUGAACCACAGAAGGACGAGCGGCCCAAGAUCCAGGCCCAAGACAAAAAAACUGGAGCCGAUACCAGCAGUACAGACCAGAGCACCAAGGCGUAAAGGAGUCCGAGCAGCAGGAUCCCGCUGUUCGGAGCUGCUAAUACCGUUCACCUUCACCGACGCUAAAGGGAGAAAACCGUGACUUGUGCAGCGAUCGAAUUUACUGUAUUAUACAUUCAGAACUGAAGACGGAGAAGACGACGGUGACGACUAACCAGGACUGCAGUGAGUGGAUGUGAUUAACAAGUAUCCGAAUGCUUUUGUAGUAGCUUGGACUUUUGUAGAUUUCCUCCUCAUUUGGUAAAAACUUUCUGUCAGAGGCUUGGAUUUGCACUUUGAAGUUAAUCCGACUGUUACGCGUCACAAAAUGGAAAAAGGAACAGAAACAAAUUGACGUGGACGGCUGCUCUCAUCUCUCACCCAGCAGGUCGGUUAUUUAGAGGCGACGGCGGCAGCAGGUGGCAAUCAUUUUUCAGCAUGUAUUUGCACUUUUCCUUAUCUGUUGUCUGUGGCCUUUUUUGGUUUGGACUUUUUCGAUGCAUGCCCUGAGCUAGAACUCCAGCUCCAUUUCACCUUUGAUUUCACGACGUAGGAUGGCUCACCUUAACGCAGUUAGGCCUUAAAACACUGAAUCUGAAUUUGCUUCGCAGGUCCGCUCGUCAAUAAUCAAUGCGAUUACACGGAAGGCAGUUAAAACGUAACCGGGUGCUUCAAUGAAACGGGUCCCUAAAAACAGAAAUAUUCAAACCAGAUGUAGACUAAUGUUAUGAAGGAAGUUUGGAAGCACUUUGGGUCUGUUUUAAAAAUAAAUACUUACUGAGAUAAAAGAGAAACUA